AUGGAGACAGCCUCAGAUGACUACGGAGCAUUCAUGGAGAAAUUCACUUUACCACCAAAUUCUGCACCCGAUCUUCCUCUCAAUUCACUCACCUUUGCUAUCAAAGAGAUAUUUGAUGUGGAAGGAUAUGUGACUGGCUUCGGGAACCCUGGCUGGGCAAGGACUCAUCCGGUGGCCACUUCUACUGCUCCAACAGUUUUGGCUCUCCUCGGAGCAGGUGCCACUUGUGUUGGUAAAACUGUCAUGGAUGAAAUGGCUUAUAGUAUAAACGGGGAGAAUAUACAUUAUGGCACACCUAGAAAUCCUUGUGCAGCAGACCGGGUUCCUGGAGGAUCUUCUAGUGGCUCUGCUGUUGCAGUUGGUGCAAAACUUGUUGAUUUCUCAAUAGGAACUGAUACCGGAGGGAGUGUAAGAGUGCCUGCAUCAUACUGUGGGAUUUUUGGUUUUCGUCCUUCUCAUGGUGCUAUCUCAGUCUCAGGAGUCAUCCCUAUGGCACAAACUUUUGACACUGUAGGAUGGUUUGCCAGGGAUCCAGUAACUUUGAGCAAAGUAGGAGGUGUACUUCUACAAUUGCAAGAUCUAGCACCAGUUAGACCUUCUGGCUUCAUCAUUGCAGAGGACUGUUUCCAGCUUUCAACCAUUCCAUAUGAUAUAGUUACACAAACUGUCGUGAAAGCAGUAGAGAAGUUAUAUGGAGGGGAUGUAUUAAAGCUGGAGAUCCUUGGAGACUAUGUGAAGACCAAUGUUCCAAGUUUGAAACAUUUCAUGAGUAAAGAUAAUAAAGAUCAAAUACAGAACAUUCCAUCACUGUCUGCACUUUCAAGUGCCAUGCGCUUGCUUCAAAGGUAUGAAUUCAAGAAUAACCAUGGUGAAUGGAUUACUGCAGUCAAACCAGAUUUAGGUCCUGGAAUCUCAGAACGAGUAUCAGAUGCCUUAAAGACAACAGGGGAGAACAUUGAUAUCUGUUAUUCUGUAAAAAGGGAACUGCACGAUGCUUUUGCUGCUCUUCUUGGGGAUUUUGGUGUUCUCAUGAUCCCCACAGUUCCAGGGCCUCCCCCAAAACUACAAACAAAUACAUCUGAAUUAGAAAUAUUUCGUGCAUGGGCUUUUAGCCUGCUGUCCAUUGCUGGAGUAUCUGGGUUUUGUCAGGUAAGCAUACCACUAGGGAUGUAUAAUAAUCUUCCCCUAUCAAUAUCUCUGGUGGCCAGACAUGGUGCAGAUAGAUUUUUACUUCACCUUGUUGAGAGUCUUUAUGACAGCAUUAAAGAAUAG